CCGUGGGUUUCCUAGGUUUUGGGGUGGAUUACCUAAUCCCUCAUCUCCGGCUGCGCCUGACUGCGCCGCAACGUCACAGCUUGAUGUGGCAGGGGAGGCGAAGGUCGAGCUCACACUUCAACCAACACAAGCAUCUGGCAUAGCGCUGGUGGCUGCCACUGUCCAGACUCAUCAUACAACAUGUUCAAAUCUGCGGCGACAAAAAUCGCACACAACACCACAAUUCCCGCCCUCGCCGUUGGUAACCCUGAUCUUCGACCCCUUCAGGACCUUAUAACAGCCGAGAAGUCGGUCCUCGUGUCACUUCAGAGACUAAGCACAGACCUUACCAAGGCGUCGGACGCCCUCAGGGUUUGGGGACAAGGAGAAGGCGAUGAUCUUGGAGACAUUCUUACCGCCUCAACAACCAUUCUUUCACACUUCUCUGCCGCCCUUACUACCUGGGCGUCUCUCCAUCAUACCGUGCGCGACAACAUGAAAGAUGUCCGUACUCGCGAAGAAGCACUCGAUGAUCUUCGUCGUCGGCGAAAGCGCGUUGGUGCUUCGGCAGAAUCAGCUGAGAAGAAACUCAAUAAAAUGAGCCCGGAGCAUAAGAACCUCGGAGCACAAGCCGAUACUCUGAAUAGGUUGCGAGAGGAAAUGCGCGCAAUGGAUGGCGACAUUCUUCGUGAGGAAGCAGCACUAGGUGACCAUAAGAGGAAGUGCACAAAGAACUGGAUGAUUUUGAAGUUUGGUGGAUUGGUCGAAUGUUGUGAAAAGGGGAAUAUCGUGGGUGACAUCGGAAAGGGCGUUGUGCAGGAAAUUCCUGAUAUCGCCACAACCCCUGGCUUCCCGCGUGCGCCUUACACUGGCCGCGGUCGUGUAAACGACUAUGUCGAGGAAGCUCAACGUGCCAUUGGUGAAGUCAGAUUCUCAGGGGCCCCUUCAGGACGCAGAUAUGGGGUUCUCCAAGCGCCCGCGCUGGAGGAACAAAAUCACACUGCGCCUUCAUCAGAACAGACGCAGUCUCACCUGACUGUGCACCAGAUAUCAGCGCCUCAUCACGAUUUUACUCCUAACGCCGGUAGGCAUGGCUCGCGACCUCCUAGGAGGCAGUCCACGUCCACAAACGAUUUUGGAGUUCGGGGUUCCCCAAAUGAAGAUCCUCAGCGUUCCCAGUUUUCCUCUCUCGCUUCUCGUGGCCGCGACCCUGCUCCCGUUUCAGACGAGUUUGGUCCGCUUUCCCUAUCCACGCUAAAUAACAGAGGCAACGGAGAAGAGCCAUCGCUAAUGGCAUCCAUAACGGAUGCUCUCUCAAAAUCGCACCGCGGAAUGUCCAUGGAUCAAACAACAUCAAUCUCUCACGAAUCCCUCAAUGAUCCUGUACCAAAAUAUGAACCCACAACAGGCAGCGAAGGUCAUGGUUAUUUCGGAGGUAGGAGAAGCGGUGAUGCGGGCACGGGACACAAACGAGCAACCCGAAGGAGUACCUCUCCUCCUGUUCUCCCGCCCGGUGCUGCACCUGCUGCGAUAAGAGCUUGGGAUGAUGGCUUGGGUCAGGGUGAGGAUGGUGCUCAUUCUGAUCGUCCGGCGUCCUCGAGCGAGCGUGCUUCACAGCAACCUCGUAUUUCUUCCUUGGAAACGGAUGGGGAAGAGGAGGAAGGGCUACCGUACGACCGCGAUGAUACCUCGUAUGAAGGUGAGGCCAGAGUUCACGAUGACACAAGAUCCAAGGUUGGCGGUGGUGAUGAAUCUUCAGAGGACGGUCACGACCAUGAAACACGCGAGCAAACGCCAACUGAUACAGAGAGCGCUGCGACUCAUUCAACUCACGGCAUUGGUUCUGAAACGGUUUUUGCCCAUGAUUUGGCAUGUUCAAAGUCUGAUGUCACGUUGCACUCACGAGCUGCGAGUCGACGAAUUCCUCGUGUGCCUCCCCCAACCUUAGACUCUGACCAUACGAACACGAACCAACCCCUUUCGCCAGCACAGAAUUUACAUGAUGAAGUACCCUAUGCAUUGGGAGAUCCUACACACAAAGGUAAUGCCACCGACGAACACGCUCGGAAUGCCGCCGCCGCCCAGGAGAUAUCUCGGGAACUAGAGGCGUUGUCCUCAACUCCGGCUCUUUCUGUUACCCAACCCGCCCCUCCAACUCAUGUGGUUCAGCAGCAGCCGCUGGGAUACUCGUCGUCCCCCAUGUCUACUAGGCCUCCUGUUUCGCCAAUACAUACUCCUCAACAUGCACGCAGCCUUAGUCAGUCUCCGCUUCGUUCUACACCACCAUCCCCGCUUGCACCACCUAACGCACCUUUCGCCAAUCGCUCCGUUUCCCCUGUCCGACCAUCAACUUCUGGUGCCGAAAAGCCCACGUCACCGUACGGUGACGGUCGGUCACUUCCAAGCCCCCUUGUAACUGGCCGUGGAUCACCUCUACAUUUACCAACGUCUUCAUCCCGUCCCACUCAAUUUGAUACUCCUGAACCAUCCGGUUCAGGCCAACGAUCCCCGCUUCCCCGUACGCAGCCUGAAUACCCCCGCCCACCACCACCUUUCUCCUCACCACUGAUGGCAAAAUCCACCUCAUCUCUGGGUAACGUCGGUGGAGCCAAUGGAGCACCUCGCACGAUCUCUGCUGCUGCGUUCAGGCGACAACAACAGGGACGGUCUCCGAGUAGUUCCGGAAACGGGGAUGUGUCAGGGCCUGCGGAUACGAGCCCAUUAGUACUCCGUCGGCAAUCGCCCGUACCGGCUGUUCCUCCGAAGAACAGCGCACCGAUGAGACGGUUGUCUGUCGUCAAUCCGGAUCCGCAUACCGUAAGUGACGACGAAGGCGACUUCGACUAUAUCGCUGCGUAUGGACGGGCGUCGACUGCCGAAGGGGAGACCACGGGGAGGGGAUACGCACACAGUCGAAGUCCAAGCGUGGGAGGGGGUGCGGGCAGUGGUGGUGGGUAUGCGGCUGGGAAGUACUCGAGUGAAUUGUGACCCCUUGUCGCUUCCUCGACGCCCCCUUGAUUUCCCUUGCUUAGUUAUCCUUUUACUUCUUAUGUUGAUAACGAACCCUUUUUUUGUAGCCCUCUCUGGCCGAGCCCCUUCAUAUACCGGCUGUUGUAACAAGCCAAAUACUUUCUAUUAUUCUCCGUUGUGACUGUAUUUUCUCUGUUUCCCAUCCAUACAAUCGAUAAUACAGAUGCCGAGCGAACCUCCUUAUGCCUCUUUUUUUUUUCGCCACGAGCGAGUACACGAUGUCUUCCAUAGAUAUACUCAUGACCUGGUGUACGGAAUCUGGAUGUUUGUUAUUUAUUUUCUAACUCAUGGGUUAUGGAUACAUUUA